AUGACUGCUUCCCUGGUAAAUGUGUCCGAGGGAGUGUUAACAUUCAAGGAUGUGGCUGUGGAGUUCUCAGUGGAGGAAUGGGAAUACCUCAGCUGUUCUCAGAAGUCAUUGUAUAUAGAUGUCAUGAUGGAGAAUUACAAUAAUCUAUCCUUUGUGGAGAAUCACCAUAAAUGUAAGAAAGUCUUGGAUCAAGGCAUGAAUCAUAUUGUCCACGAGCAUGUGGAUAUCUAUGAAAAGUCAUAUAAAUGUAACGAGCUUGUCAAAAUGAUUCAUGAACCAUCUCAUGGUACACAUUUUAAAACUGAACAUAAAGAUGCAUCUGUUAAAACAUCAAACCUAAACCGACAAAAAAUUGGGAAGACUGGAGAUGAAUCUUGCAAAUUUAAAGACUGUGUAAUCUGUUUGAAUGUGUGUUCAAGCAUUAGACAGAAUCAAAGAAUCCACAUAGGAGAGAAAGAACUGAACACUACACAGUGUGAAAAACUCUAUGACUCUAAACAUAAUCUCAUGCUGAGACAAACUAAUACAGGAGAGAAUCCUUACAAAUGUAGUGAAUGUGAGAAAUGCUUUACCCGGAAAUACCAUCUUAUGGUUCAUCAGAGAAUUCAUACAGGAGAAAAACCUUACAAAUGUAGUGAAUGUGAGAAAUUCUUUACCCGGAAAUACCAUCUUACAGUUCAUCAAAGAAUUCAUACUGUAAGGAAACCUUUCAAAUGUAGUGAAUGUGGCAUGUCUUUUACCAAGAAAUACAAUCUUAGAAGUCAUUCAAGAUUUCAUACAGGAGAAAAACCUUACCAAUGUAGUGAAUGUGACAAAGGCUUUACCUACAAAGGUGCUCUUAGAAGACAUCAGAGAAUUCAUACAGGUGAGAAACCUUACAAAUGUAAUGAAUGUGCCAAAUGCUUUUCUGAGAAAGGCAAACUUACAAGUCAUCAAAUAAUCCAUAUAGGAGAGAAACCUUACAAAUGUAGUGAAUGUGAGAAAAGUUUCACCCGGAAAUACCAUCUUACAGUUCAUCAGAGAAUUCAUACAGGAGAGAAACCUUACAAAUGUAGUGAAUGUGAGAAAUUCUUUACCCGGAAAUACCAUCUUACAGUUCAUCAGAGAAGUCAUACAGGAGAGAAACCUUACAAAUGUAGUGAAUGUGAAAAAUUCUUUACCCGGAAAUACCAUCUUACAGUUCAUCAGAGAAUUCAUACAGCAGAGAAUCCUUAUAAAUGUAGUGAAUGUGACAAAGGCUUUACCUACAAAGGUGCUCUUAUAAGACAUCAGAGAAUUCAUACAGGUGAGAAACCUUACAAUGAAUGUGCCAAAUGCUUUACUGAGAAAGGCAAACUUAGAAGUCAUCAAACAAUCCAUACAGGAGAGAAACCUUACAAAUGUAGUGAAUGUGACAAAUCUGUUAGCCAGAAAUAAUAUCUUAUGAUUCAUGAAAGAAUUCAGACAGGAGAGAAACCUUCCAAAUGUAGUGACUGUGACAAAUGCUUUUCCAGUAAAUGCUUUCUUAGAAAUCAUCAGAAAAAUCAUACAGGAGAGAAACAUGACAGAUGA